AUGCGCCUCAACAUCGUCAUCCUCUUCAUGGGCUCGCGCGGCGACCUCCAGCCCUCCCUGGCCGUCGCCAAGCUCCUGCAGCGCCGGCACGGCCACCGCGUCCGCAUCGCAAGCCACCCGCCGUACCGCGCCGCCGUCGAGGCCGCAGGGGUCGGGUUCUACGGGAUCGGCAGGACGGACAUCAAGACUAUGAUGGAAAGGCGGCUGCUCCCGCGGAAAGAGCUGAAUGCGCUGGUGCCGGUUAUCCGGGAGGAGUUUCGGGAGAUGGGGGAGAGGUGGUGGGGGGCUUGCGUUGAUGGGUUUGGGUUUGAUCAUGGAGAGGAUGGAGGGGGAGUAGAUGGUGGAUGGGAGAGAGGCGCGUUUGUAGCGGAUUUGGUCAUGUCUACGAUGCAUGUGUAUAACCAGACGUCUGCGGCGGCGAGGCUGGGCGUGCCGUUGCACCUGUUUGGGAUGAACCCGAGGAUUUUCUCGAAGGAGCUGCCGCAUUCGCAGGCUGGGUGGGCUUUGAAGGGGCCUAGUCGGUGGAAGAAUGUUUUGUCCUGGUGGGUUCAGGAUUUUAUGUUCCUCGAAGCGAUGAAAUCUGUCAUCAACGACGUCCGCGUCAACGUAAUGGGCCUGGAGAGCAUGUCCCCCGCCUGGUGGCUGAGCCAGUACAACAGGAUGAACGUCCCCUGCACGUACCUCUGGUCGCCGAGGCUCCUCCCGAAGCCGAGUGACUGGGCAGACAACAUCGACGUCGCGGGCUUCGUGUUCGAGGACGUACCGUCAGAGUAUACGCCCUCUACGGAGCUGGUUGCGUUCCUGGAGGCCGACCCGGAGACGCCGCUGGUGUACAUCGGGUUCGGGAGCAUGUCGUUUGCGAAUGCGCAGGACGUGUUUGAGGGGAUCUUUGAGGCGGUGAGGAGGUUUGGGGUCAGGGCUGUUGUUGGGAAAGGGUGGUCGAACUUGGUCAAGGAGAACGUUGGACGGAGAGAUAUGUCACACAUCUUCAUCCUCGAUGAGGCGCCGCACGCGUGGCUAUUCCCCCGGGUUAGGGCCGUGGUGUGUCACGGAGGGAGCGGGACGACGGCCAUGGCGCUCCGGAGCGGGCGGCCCACGCUCGUUGUGCCCGUUGCCGGGGACCAGCCGUUUUGGGGCUCGAGGGUCCACGCUGUCGGGUGCGGGCCGGAGGCAAAGUAUGGGUUGGCGGAGAUGAAUAGCGAGAGAUUCGAGGAAGGGUUGAGGGAGCUUUUGAAGCCGGGAUACGCUGCUGCCGCGGAGAGAUUUGCGGUUGCCGUGAGGGCGGAGAGGCCUGGGGAGGAGGUUUGCGUUGAGAAGGUGCUUGAGACGGUGAGGGUUUAUGAGAGGGAGGGGAGGUGUGUUGUAUAUGAUGGACGGCCUGCUGUUUGGAGGUUAGCGACGACUGGGAAGGGAGGGGAGAAGAAGUUGUCUGCUGUUGCGGCGCAUGUUCUUGUUGAGAGUGGGAGGGUUAGGAGGGAGGACUUGAAGGUGUUGGAGGUGGUCAAGUGGCCUGAUUUGACGGGCCCUGGGGACCCAGUGACGGGGUUGGUUCUCGAGGUGCAAAAGGCGUUUGGGAGUGUUGCUGCGGGUGGGAGGACGGGGAAAUGGGGACGGUUGGGUCUUCAUGUUUUGAGAGCUCCUCUGACGAUCCUAGCCGCCGUGGCGUUUGGCCUCUUCAACCUACUCGACUUCAUCCUCUACAAACUCGCCUCGCCUUUCGAGCCGAAGCUCUACGCGAGUAACCCGCGGCUGUACUCCUACCCGCGCAUGCUCCUCUUCCUCCUAUCCGCGCCCUUUGUCGAGCUCGCUUCUGUCGUGACGCAGCCGGCGCGCUUCCUGGAGGACAGAAGAAAGAGGAGAGAAAAGGGAGCCAGAGGAAGAAGCUUGAUGAGGGUGGUCCUCGAGGUGCCGCUCGCACUUCUGAGGGUGCUUUUGGCGCUAGUCAACAUUCUUGUUGGAGGGCUAGGUAUCACGCUUCGGCAACUAGAGCUUUCUUGUGCGAGGGCUAUAGGGGAGAGGCCUGUUGGGGAUGUUGUUGCCGAGGCGAGGAUUCGCCAGGGGAGGGUUGAAGCGGAGGAGUUGAGGGUUGAGGGGGCUGAGAGUGGAAGAGAUUUGGUCGGGGAUAUUGUUAGGAGGUGGGAUGAGCGGAAGAAGGCUUGA